UUUAAUUUUAAAUGACAUCUAAACAUCAAAUAAAUAAUUUUUUUAAGUAUUGUUUCACUUUCUAAUCUUUUAAUUUUAAAUGACAUCUAAACAUCAAAUAAAUAAUUUUUUUUGAAGUAUUGUUUCACUUUCUCUCACCUCUCACAUCUUCCAAUUCUCCACUGUCCUCUGUUCAUCACCACCAGUCCACCACCUCCCCUCUUACUCUCUUUCCUCCACUCCAUCACCACCUCCUCAUUUUUUCACUUCCAUCUUCACACCCAAAAUUUCAUUUACAUACCCACAAUUUCAUUUUAAAUUUUUUACAGAUCUCAUCAUCAUUCUACAACAACUUCACUAAAUCAUCAAAUACCCACUUUCUAAUCUCAGCUCUGGUUCUUUUUAUCCGGGUGACACCUGACAGCUGACAUGAGCCAAAGCUACUCUGUUGAUAUUACAUGUUCUCUUAUGGAAAGGUCUAAGAUGGAGCGUCGAAGUUGGCCUUGGAAGAAGAAAUCAUCCGAUAAGUCAGCUGCGGAGAAGGUUAUUCAUACUCUGGAUUCUGCUGCUGCGGCUUCUGCUGAAUCCCAGCCAGAUAAGGGUCAGGAUAAACACAAGAAGUCAAAUUAUGUUCAAAUUUCUAUCGAGUCGUACAAUCAUUUGAGUGGAUUGGAAAAUCAAGUAAAGAUAUACGAGGAACAAGUAAAAGUAUAUGAAGAGCAAGCCAAGGCCUAUGAAGAUCAUGUGAAAACAAUGGAGGAUGAAAUUAACGAACUUAAAGAGAAAGUUUCGUCCGCUAAUUCAGAGAUAACUACGAAGGAGGAGCUUGUCAAGCAGCAUGCAAAGGUGGCUGAGGAAGCCGUUUCAGGCUGGGAGAAGGCUGAAGCAGAAGCUCUAUCUUUGAAGAAUCAUCUGGAGACUGUGACUUUAGCAAAAUUAAGUGUGGAGGAUAGAGCUGCGCACCUCGAUGGUGCUCUAAAAGAAUGCAUGAGACAGAUAAGAAAUCUGAAAGAAGAGAAUGAACAUAAGCUCCAAGAAGUUACAUUAACUAAGAACAAGCUGUAUGACAGAAUGAAGCUCGAACUAGAAACAAAGAUGGCUAGCUUGGAUCAAGAGCUCAUGAGGGCUGAAGCCGAGAGUGCUGCUCUUUCUCGAUCGUUGCAGGAGCGUUCUAACAUGGUUAUCAGAGUUAAUGAAGAAAAGUCAAAAGCUGAAGCUGAGAUUGAGCUCUUAAAAAGUAAUGUUGAAUCUUGUGAGAGGGAAAUAAAUUCCUUAAAAUAUGAACUCCAUAUCGUUUCGAAGGAGCUAGAAAUUCGUAAUGAGGAAAAGAAUAUGAGCGUCAAGUCUGCGGAAGUUUCUAACAAGCAGCAGAUGGAAAGCGUGAAGAAAAUAGCCAAGCUAGAAGCAGAGUGCCAAAGAUUACGUGGUCUUGUGCGCAAGAAGUUACCUGGUCCUGCUGCACUGGCCCAAAUGAAGCUGGAAGUGGAGAGCCUUGGUAGAGAUCAUGGAGAAACUCGCCUGAGAAGGUCUCCAGCAAGGCCUGCUAGCCCGCAGUUUUCACCUAACCCCCACAUGUCUACACUGCCUGAAUUUUUACUUGAUGGUGACAAGAAAUUCCAAAAAGAGAAGGAAUAUCUCACUGACCGACUCUGGGCCAUGGAAGAAGAGACGAAGAUGCUGAAGGAAGCAUUGGCGAAACGCAACAGUGAAUUGCAAACUUCUAGGAGUAUUUGCGCCAAGACUGCUAACAAACUUCAAAGCUUGGAAGCACAAGUACAAAUGUUGAAUCAAGAAAAGGGUAUUACAAAAAAUGAAAUCCAAGUUCAAGCUGAGCGGUCUUCUAGACGGCAUGCUAGCAAUCCUCCAAGUAUGGCAUCCUUUUCUGAAGAAGGAAAAGAUGAUGACACAGUUAGUUGUGCGGAAUCAUGGGCUUCUGCACUGAUCUCCGAGUCAUCUCAUAUGAAAGAAAAUAACAAGGAUAAAUCUAUGAAAUCUGAAAAUGGGAAACAUUUGGAGCUUAUGGAUGAUUUUGAAGAAAUGGAGAAACUGGCUCGUCUAUCUGAUGACUCGAAUGGUUCUAUGUCCAUUUCAGACAGUCAGCCCAGUAAGGCUGUCAAUUCCGAUGGAAACAGCACAAGUUUACUAUUGAAAUCAGCACUUGAAUCAGAUUCACCGGCCAAUCCUUCUGCUUUGGGAGAUUUGGAAUCAGAUUUGAAACUUGAGACAGAACCAUUGCCUUUUCUGAACUUGCGAUCCAGAAUAUCCAAGGUGUUUGACUCCGUCUCCAAUGAAUCUGACCUUGUGAAAAUUUUGGAAGAUAUUAAGCAUGUUGUCCAAGAAGUGAAUGAUACUCUUAGUCCACACUCUAUAAACUGUGUCUUUGAGGAGAAACACUGCUCAGACAGUGCUGCUGAUCAGCAAGCUAUACAAGGGGAUGUUGUGGUUACUACAGAAAAGGAAAUUUAUUUGUCUGAAAGUCAUAAGAUGAAUGGAAAGAUCGAGAAACUUAGUGAAGAACUCGCAGCAGCUAUAUCGCAGAUUUAUACUUUCAUUUUGUUCCUGGGGAAAGAAUCUCGAGCAGCACAUGGUGCCUCCAUUGAUGAUGAUGCACUAGGCCAUAAAAUUGAGCAGUUCUCCACCUCCUUCAACAGAGUAAUGCGCAAUGAGAUUAGCAUUGAUGAUUUCAUUUUUGUGCUCUCUGAUGUAAUGGCUAAAGCUAAUAAACUUAGCUUUCGUGUCUUGGGCUACAAGGGUAAUGAAACAGAAGUAAACGGUCCUGAUUGUAUAGACAAGAUUGCUUUGCCUGAAAACAAACUGCCCUUAGGAGACGGUUAUUCUAAUGGCUGUGGUCAUAUCUCUGAGUCUUCUUCCAAUCCCGAGGUUCCUCAAGAUGCCAAGGUGAUGUCGGGCUUUGAAUCGCAUUCAUGCAAAUGCUCUAUUGAAGAAUAUGAACUGCUAAAAGCUGAGAAAGAGAGCAUGGAAAGGGAAUUUUCUCAAUGCUCUCAAGAUCUGCAGACAGCUAAAUCUCAGUUGCAAGAAAUAGGGCAACAACUGGCUCAUGUCCAUUCAGAGCUGGCAUCUUCCCGGAACAUGAAUAGUUUGGCUGAGACUCAGCUAAAAUGCAUGGCAGAGUCAUAUAAGAUGCUUGAGAAACGAGCGGAGGAUCUUCAGAGUGAAGUCAAUAACCUGAAGUCGAAAUUGGAAUCUGUAAAUAGUGAACUCGAGGCUGAAAAAGUUAAUCAUCAAGAUGCUUUAGUCAGAUGCAGAGAUCUUGAAGAGCAGCUACAAAGGAACGAGGGAUGUUCAGUGUGUUCUUCAGCUGCAGAGGCAGAUGACAGAUCCAAACAGGAAAAGGACCUGGCAACUGCAGCAGAUAAACUAGCAGAGUGCCAAGAAACCAUAAUUCUCCUCGGCAAGCAGCUGAAAACCUUGCGCCCUCAAUCGGGGUCCAUGGGUUCACCCGACAGUGGGAGGAGUCAAAAAGGUGAAAGCCUUAGUGAAGAAGAGCCAAGUAUAAGUGGGAUGAGCCUGGAUUUGGAUCAUGUUGAAUUGGAUACUGCCACUUCCACUCAUCAUUCAAGGCUAGGUUCCGGAUCACCUUCAAACCUGUACAAUGCUCCAUAUAGCACAUCAGACACUGAAGGAAAUAUCCAAAGAUCGCCUGUGUCGAAGAAUCCAGUACACAUGCCAACCAACUCGGGAUCUUCUACUUCAUCAACUCCCACACCAGAGAAGCACUCACGUGGGUUUAGCAGGUUCUUCUCUUCCAAGGGGAAGACCGGCCACUAAACUGCAACACAACACAAAAUAGAGAUCAUGUGUGUUUCUCCAGGUCAUAUCAUUCAUCUCACUUACUAAUUUUAGUUGCUUAUUGUUGAGUUCAUCAAAAUCAUAGUGAGUAUCAGAAGUGAAAAUUUUAACUAGUUUUCGACAUGUCAAAUAGGUUUUAGGAAACUAUACUUGUGAAGGUGGCCUUGUUUGGGUUUAAUUGGACAAUCAAUCCUAUUGAUGUUAAAUUUUGUAUGAAAUAUGGGUGUUUAUGAUGUAUACACUACACUUGUGUAUUCUAACCUGCUGUAUGGCUUCUUGCUUUAGAAACUCUCUGUUUUUGAGGUGUCCUCCUUCCUGUUUGGUAUAUUUACAUUGUACAUAUGAAUACACAUGAAAUUUUUUUUAGUAUAAAGUUUAUUGAUGUUAA